AUAUUUUAGUUUUGAAAUUGUUAGAAUUUGUAUAGUAAUUGAUCAUAUAGGCGAAAGUAAAAAUAAAUCAUGUAAAAUAUCUAAAUUUUUUAAAUUUGCACUUUUGUGUGUAUCACAACGAAUAAUCAACAACUUUCAAAUCGUUAUUGUGGAAGCAAAGUAAUGAAAAGAUAUUUUUAAACAGAGUGUAAACUAAAAAAGAAGAAAAUGAAAUCUUCAAUUUUAAUAACUAAUUCUAAAUACGUCGCAAUUACGCCAAAUCCACUGCAAAAAAUACCUCCAGCUACGAUAACCAGUCCAGGCCUAUUGGCUUUGGACGACAUGUCGAAACCGGAAAUUGAAAUAUCCCCAGUUCGUGGAAAAAAGAGGCGUCUGGAUCAUCUAACUUGGGAGGAAAAAAUGCAAAGAAAGAAAUUAAAAAACCGAGUUGCAGCACAAACUUCUCGGGAUCGGAAAAAAGCCAAAAUGGAUCAAAUGGAACAAACAAUUACCGAUUUGACAGAACGUGCAGAAAUAUUACAAAAUAAAUGCACUACUUUAGAGGCAAUCAAUAAUUCAUUAAUGACGAAAAAUCAAAAACUUGAUGUUCAGGUUCAAGAACUGGACAGACAAUUGAAAUUUUUGCAGCAACAAAUGAAAGAAGAGAAAUUUAACAUUUCAGCAUCUUGUGAUGAGAUGAAAUCAGACUGUAUUGAUUCUGAUUCCAAUAAUUCGAAUAGAUCUGCAGAAUCUAUCACUUACCCUCUGCCGAAGGGAACGGUACCAGAGUCAAUGCUGUUCGGUUACACGAAACAGCAAGGGAAGGAUUAUUACAAAGGCAAGGCAGUAACGCCUCUGUUGAAGAUAAUAAUGCUUUGCUUGCUUUACAAGAUUUGCUCAAAGACUUCGACGUCAACAAACUUAAAGAUUUCGACGUUGAAGAAUUUGCCGAAUUUCUACUCACAGAUGUCACAGAAGAGCUGGAAAAAAAUAAUAGAACGGGCAGCAAUGUUGAUGCCGAAAGUUCAAGCAAAGCAGAGCAAUUGUUUGGACGAGUGGUGGGGACCGCACCAAAAUGCAUGGUCCAACCGCCCGGAACAAUCACUUAAACGCGAUUCAGACUCACUUACUGGAACAGGAAAUAUUUGCAUAAAAAAACACCAACAAAAUUCAAACAAAAAAAACCGCUCAAGUGAAAUCAAAGAAAAUAAAAUUGAAAAAUUAAUAGUAAAAUCAGACAAAGCAGAUCUUAGCUCAAUUUCGGAACCUGAAACACUGUACGGAACUUAUGAUGAAAGAACACACUCAAUAACAAUAUGUUUACAAGAUGGUAGUGAUCCUAUAGAAGAAAUAGUUGAAGAAGUUGGUAGUGAACAAGAAAAUACAGAAAACAUGGAAAUUCCAAUAACUGAUUGCACUAAUGUUGGUAGUAAUGGACAGUCGUUAAUGUUCUCAAGUAGUGCGACUAGCAUGGAGGAAGAUUUAGAUUAUGAUCCAAUAAAAGAGUUCUUGACGAUACCUACUUUUGACAAACGACCAAAAAGUCCUUUUUCAGUCAUAUCAGACCAUGGUUAUGGUUCAAUAGGCUCCCCAGAAAAUACUUCUGGGGAGAUAAUGGAUAAAUUUCAAUUUGAUGAACUUUGGAAUGAUUCAUUUACUGACUUAUUUCCGUCGUUAUUGUAAUUAUUUUUACGUUAUUUUAUAAAGUUUGUAGAUUAAGAGUGUAAUAUUUGUAAAUUCUUUAAGUUUCAAUAUUUUAAAUUAUGCUCUCACUACCAAGUGAUUAGGUUUAAUUUUAUCUCUAUUUAUAGCAGUGUUUAAGGUAUUUGUAAGUUGUGUAUGCUAAGAAUAAAAAGAAAAAGAAGGAUUAUUGAAA